UGUCAUUCAAAAUGGCAAUGUUCUGCUUCUUGGUGAUCCUAGCGUCCUCUCAGCUCUUGAUGCUGGUUAAUGUGGUAUCAGCGUCUGAAGGUCGGAUCAACAUGAGAGAGAUUAUGAACAAAUGCAAUGAGAGUAAUCCUAUAGACCCCGAAUUCUUGGAGCAGCUCAACGCGACUGGUAGUUUUUCCGAUGAGAACUUCAGACCUGCCAAAUGCUUCAUCCGCUGUAUGUUCGUGGAAACUGGACUGAUGGACUCUAACGGAACUUUGGUUUCGGCCAAGUUGAAGGAAGCUUUCGCUAAGUAUGAAGGUCCUGUGGGCACCAAGGUCGCCGAUCGGGAGAUGUUCGUGGAUGCUUGUAUAGCGAAGGAUGCUGACGUCACGUGCCAGUGCGAGAGGGCUUACCGGUUCUCCAAGUGCCUCAUGACAGAGCCGGAGAUGUUCGGGCGGCUGGAGGAAGCGGACGCAGAAGGAGAUGGCGACAGCACCAUCCGGGAUGCGAUUACCGGCUUCCUGCGUGACAUGGGUCAGACGGUGCUCACUGUUCUCAACAUCCUGAACCAAAUCCGGGAGGUGAUCGCGUCCGCCUUUUCAGGGUGACAACCUCAGACAUGCAUUACCAUGCCAAAAUGGGUGACUUAGUGGAACUGAAAUCAACAAUGGGGAACUAGUGUAUCAACCAACGAACGAACACUUCACUUCUGCACAGUCCGACAAGAGAAAUUAUCUCAGUAUUACUACAUGAAGGGCCCUUAAUAUGUAAUUUAGUUUUAUUAUUCUGUCAUCCCAAUAAUGAAAAAUAAACACACUUUUAAAAUUGA